GUUGGACAGUGAUCAAUUAAGAGUACUUAAAUUCCAGGAAAGCAAUGGAGUGGGACUGGGGGGUUAUUAAUUAGAACUCAAUUACAAAUUAUAAGAUAUCUUCCUGUGCAGAAGAUAUGUUGGAUUUCCAUGUCUUACAGUCAUCUCCUGAGGCUUGUGGUAUGGUGUGGGAACAAAACAGUUUUGUCCAAAAUUUUAUGUUGCAAAUUGGGUUCACUGUAGAGGGACUGAUUCUAGUCCAGAGAGGGUUGUUCAGUGAAUCAUAUGAAAGGAUAACAAUUCUUUUCUUUUCUUUUUUUUUUUUUUUGGGUUUUCCAUUGUGACUAAUAAUUACUGGUAAAAAUUUGGUUUCUUUUCAUAUUGCAUGUUCAGUCUAGUCAAGAUGGUUUAUCUUGUCAAUUAUAGACUACUUAUAUUGGAAACUAGAUUAGCGCAUGAUUUCAACCUCUUGAUGUGAGAUAGAGAUAGAGAGAGAAAGCAAACAAGACUAAAAGAUUGGACCAAUGAAUUGAUAGGUAGAUUGCAUAACACAUCUAAGACAGAUUAAGGAACAGCAUUAUUUGUUUGUAAGAAAUAUAAUAGAAUUCUUUGGUUUUAAUUUAUGUUAUACUUUCUUCCUUUGUGAGUACACAGAGAGAGAAAAAUAUAAAAACCAAUGGAAUUUUUUCAUGGACCGACAAAGGAUUAUAAUGCUGCCAUUAAUGGAGGCGACAACCCUUCGAUUCCCCACUGAUCUUUGCAGCUACAUGAACAGUGAACCGUUUGCUCUUCAUAUAAUGCAAAGACAAACCUUCUUCUCCUCCUGGGUUAUAUCUAUUGUCCUCUCUUCUCCUUUUAUCUUCAAUACCCUUUUGCUCCUUUUGCCUUCCUACCUAUUAAACCUCCUCUCUCUCUCUCUCUCUCUCUCUCUCUCUCUCUUUCUGUCAUUAUCAUUAUCACUCUCUUUAUAGUUACAUCAAAACCCAUCUCUUCUUCUUGCAAUAAUAUUAUCUUGGUAUACUUAACUCCUCUUUUUUUAUCUCUUUAAUUAUCACUAUCUGGGGCCAUGGAUUUCCAACCCAAUACUUCUUUACAUCUAAGUUUACCAAACAAUAAUAAUAGCAACCAACUAAACCUAGAACUUGUACUUGAGCCAUCAUCUUCUUCUUCUUCAUCGCCACAUAGUUCUGCAGAGCCAAGGGUUUUCUCUUGCAAUUAUUGCCAAAGAAAGUUUUAUAGCUCUCAAGCUCUUGGUGGCCACCAAAAUGCGCAUAAGCUAGAAAGAACCUUGGCCAAGAAAAGUAGAGAGCUUAGUUCUGCUGUGCGAGCCCAUGGAGGGAAGUCCGGAUCAUCUAGCACGAGUGGAUUGAACCAUGUUCGACGCAAUCAACCAGGGUUCGAGCACCAUGGACAUGGUGGUAGGUUUAUUGAUGAUAUGAGCUAUGGGAGAAGGGAUUCUUGGUCUAUGGGAUAUAGGCCUGAAAAUGUUCAAGACGAAUUCAAUAAUCAGCUCGACUUGUCUUUGAGACUUUGAAUUGCUCUUGUUUUAGUUUUUUUUCUUUUACUUGAAGUUUUCCUCUUCAUUGUAUUUUAUAUGCAAUAUAUUUAAAUCUAAAGGAAGGAAAAAAAGAAAGGGGAAUUAUCACGAAAA